AAUUUCUCUCUCUACAUAGAUUGAUCCAUAGCAGUAGACCUGCACUGUUUAAAAAAUAAAGAUGGAUAGUGAUGAAGAAUUUGAUCGUCGUAGGCAACGCCGUGAUAAGUUCCGUGGUGAGCGUAGAGACUACAAUGACAGACGAGAGAGGGAUGACAGGAGAAGAGAUGAUUGGCAGGAUCGGCGAGGCCAAGUGGGUAGGAUGUCUCCUACUCAAAUGAGAAACAGAAAUCGAAAUUUCAGGAAUGAAUGGAGCCGCAGGGAAUUCCCAGAUUAUGACAGAGGUCGGCAGGAUAGAUACAGCCCACCCAAUAGGCGUCAGGACAUGAGCCCUCCAGCCAAGAGACAACGACGAGACUGGGAUGGAGGUAGCUAUGGUUAUGAUAGUGGGCAUAGCAGUCAAGGAUACAGUGGAUAUCAUGGAGGAUGGAGUGGAGGAGGAGGUGGUGGUGGUGGAGGUGGAAGUGGAGGUAUGAGAGGUGGUAGAGGAGGCCAGUAUCAAGGUCAAGGUCACAGUAGCCAUGGCAUGGAAGGGGACUCUGGUGGUCGAGGAGAGAGCAGUUCCAAUCAAAUGCUUAGUUUUAAGCAGUUCUUGGCCAAGCAAGAAGACUCUAUUGAUGACCAAGAGGCAGUAAAGAAAUACAACGCUUACAAGCUGGAGUUUCACAAGGCCCAACUUAGCGAGUUCUUUUUGGCUCAUAAGGAUGAAGAAUGGUUUCGUGCAAAGUAUUACCCUGAUGAUUGUGAGCGGGAGCAGGCCGAUGUUGAAGAGGGCAUUGACAGACGUCUAAGAGUCUUUCUGGAGAUGUUGGACAGGGGUGAAGUCAACAAGGUUACCCUUCAGGCUGAUAAAUCAGAAGGAGUCACUCGUCUUUUGGAUGCAGUUGUGAUAAGAUUGGAAGGAGGUAAUGAUUUCGACCUCACCAUCCUAGAUCAACCAGAGCCAGUAAGAUCCUUUGAUAGAGACCGUACUAUGUCAGAGUCUCAACGGAGCAACAAAGGAGAUGAUAAACACCAAGAUGACAAGAAAGAAGAAGGAGAAGAAGGUGAAGAGAGAGAUGAUGAUGAUGAUAAGAAAGAUAAGAUGGAAGGAGAUGGUGAGAUAGUUGACAAAUCCACUGAUGAUGAACCUGUUCCACCACCACCUAAAGAUGAUGACAGCAAGUUGUCCCUGCCAGAUCCAAUCCCUCCACCACCCCAGGAUGAUGAAAAGAAGGAAGACGGUGAUGAGGAAAAGAAUGGAGAGGUGGGCCGACAAGGUAAGAAAAGAAAGCGAGGCAAGAAGCGCAAGCAUCGAGAGCCAGAUUACAGUGAUAGUGAGAGUGAUAUUAGUAGCAGUUCAGGGAGUGAUAGUGAAUCAGAUGAAUCAGGACAUGAACAAGGAAUGCUAGAACCAGAACCAGCUCCUCCUGGCUUAGAGAGCAGUGGUGAGAAGGGUGCAUCAGAGAGUGAUAACAAGCUUGAAGAAGGAGAAGCAAAGGAAGAAGGAGAGGAAGGAGAAGAAGGAGAGAAGGGGGAAGAAGGUGAAGAAGAAAUGAAAGAUCCAGAUGAACCUAAACCCAGAGCACUUCAUAAGACCUACUCUAUUUUCAUCAGGAAUGUUGCUCCCAUUAUAAAGAAGGAGGAGAUAGUUUCGCUUUGUAAGCGAUACAAGGGAUUCAUGAGAGUUGCCCUAGCUGAUCCUCAGCGUGAUAGAAACUUUCAGCGUCAUGGAUGGGUUACCUUCGACAGGACAGUCAAUAUCAAGGAAAUCUGUUGGAACCUUAGUAGUAUUAGGCUAAGAGAAUGUGAACUGAGCCCUGUAGUCAACCGAGACUUGGCCCACCGUAUCCGUGCUGUUAGUGGCAUUGCCGCACACAAGAACAUUGUCAAAUCUGAUCUUAAAUUGGCAGCACGCCUUGUUCAGCUCAUGGAUCAGAAACAUGAGCUCUUCACUGGCGAGCCUGGAUGGGAUCUGAAAAAAUGGAAAGAGAAGAAUGAGAAAAGGAAGAAGAAAGAGCAGGAGGAAAAGGAGAAAAAGAAAGCAGAGGCUGCAGCUGCCGCAGCAGCAGCUGAUGGAGAUAAAGGAGAAAAAACAGAAAAGACAGAAAAGACAGAAAAAACUGAAGAGGGAAGCAUUGAAGAGAAAGAAGAAACUACACCUGAAGAGGAACCCAAAGAACCAUUGCCAGCAAGGAAUCCAAUCCUUGAGAACAUCACAGAUUACCUUGUAGAGGAAUUGAGUGCUGAGGAAGAGGUACUGCUUGGAAUGAAGGCUGAUGGACAGGAAGAGGGUCAAGAGAUGGGGGAUAUUUCCUUUGAGAAAGAUGAUCUUCUAUGCAAGGUUCUUGAUCGUCUGUUGUUGUAUCUUCGAGUGGUGCAUUCACUGGAUUACUACAAUGCAUCCAUGUACAAGAUAGAAGAUGAGAUGCCUAAUAGGUGUGGUAUCAUGCAUUGUAGAGGACAGAAUCCACCCAAUCGCCUCUCUCAAAGAGAUCUUGAUAAUUGGCAGACCAAUUUUGAGAACAAGGUUCAACCACUUAUGAACCUCAAAAGCAAGAUGUCUGAUGAAGAACUCAACAAGCUUGGGAAGAAAGACCAGGAACUGGAGGUGGAGAAGUUCAUCAAGGCCAACACCAAGGAACUUGCUAAGGACAAGUGGCUUUGUCCUCUCAGUGGAAAGAAGUUCAAGGGACCAGAGUUUGUCAGGAAACACAUCUUCAAUAAGCAUGGCGACAAGAUAGAGGCAGUCAAGAAAGAGGUGCUGUUCUUCAAUAACUACCUACAAGAUUCAAGUAGACACAAGGUUGUAGAAACUGCUAAGCCAAAGCCAGUACAGUCCAGUAACAAUGACAGCCAAGGAUCAGACCAGGGAUACAAUGGUCAGAGGAGCAGUAGUGGUUACAGAGGCUACCAGCAGCAAGGAAGCUAUGAUGGAGGAAGAGAUAGGGGCCAACAGGGUUUCUCACAGAGCAGUAGAGGUUUCAAUCAAUCUGGACGUGGAGGGUAUGAUCAGUCAUAUGGUGGAGGUGGAUAUUCCAGUCAAGGUGGUAACCAAAGGAGCUUUCAGCGAAGGUGAGACUACAUGCUUUUUGGGGUGACCCACGUUCUCUAAUCCAGUACCGGGACCUAGAUGCCCCUGAUGACAGUGAUAUCUUCUAAACCUCUAUUCAUCUAUCUCUUUCUUCCGAGGAUCACCAUGUCAAUUGGCCCUAUCUUAUUUUUGUAUAUAUAUAUCUGCUUCCUUUCUGUGUACAUUACAUUUAUGAUGGCAUUCUCAUGACAGUGUUUAAAUAUGAACGAUAGUUUGUCAAAUAUUGUCAGUUCAAUGGUCAGUUAUUGUUUCCGACACUGCUUUCCAGUUGUGUAAAGGCAAUUAUUAGUCUUUAUAGUAUUGAUGAUCAUAGGGAGUUAUGUGCUUUGAAGCAUUAUUAGUUAAUGAAUGUUUGGUGGAGCCUAUGGAGCUACCUUUAUCACAUUGUUUUACUGGAAGAAACGUAUAUCUGUUUUUUAAUGGUAGAAUGUAAACAAAUCUAAUCAAAUCAUUUAUUUCUACAAUAAUAUGAGAAAUAAACAAUACAAAUAUGAACAGCUGGCAGCUGUGAGUGAGAUAUCACAUGUCUUUAUUUACUUUUAUCAGGAACACUCUUAUAUCAAAUACAAUUUAAUAAAAAGAAUGAUAUUACAUAGGGUAUUAUCAGAUUAUUAUUAUCACCUGAUCAUCACUUUGAGUUGGUGUAAUACCAUUGCUCUUAGGUUCCAUUGCUUAUUUAUUCUGUGUAAACAUUAGUAGGUUUCUCUUGCUGCUAUUGUUUCCUGUUACAAAUAUAAUGACAAAUUUUGAUAUAAGGAACUUUUUUGAUUUUCUGUAGCCUGAUUUACUGCAUUACUUGUAUCUCUUUUUAAUGGGAAUUGAUAAGAUUUUGGAACUGUGUAAAACUGCAUAGCUUAACUGUUUUAUCAUAACACUUAAUUCUGUUUGUGGAUGGGUACAUUUGAGUUCUUAGAGUUUCAAGUAAUUUCAAGGAGAAUUAUAGAAUUGUGUCUUAUCAAAUCUUACCUUAUACAGAUAUCAUCCAGAUACCAAUAUUAUUUCUAUAUUAUCCAGAUACCAAUAGUAUUUCUAUUUUGAAGAGUUGGCUAGCUACCUUUCUCUGACUUAAAAAAAAUGCAAAAUCAUGUGCAUGGUUGAAAUAACACAAUAGUAUGUCCGCCCCUUGAUGGUUUAAAAGUAUUUCAAUUUGUAUUAUGAGCUUGCUUAAAGGGGAAUCCAACUCAAAUAAAAACUUGUUUUUAUAAGAAAAAGAAAAAUCAGACAAGUUGAUAGGUGAAAGUUUGAACAAUAUUGGACAAACAACAAGAAAGUUAUGAUUUUUUAAAAGUUGUAAAUAUUGGUAAUCACUAUACCCAUGGAGACUUCAAAUUGGCCGCAUAUGGGAUGUCAUAGUGAUGUAAGGCAAGGACUACUCUUCCAUGUACUCCAAUACAUAUUAUGGCUAAAAUGUCAUUUUCCCAAAAUGUUUUAUUUCAAAUUAUAUUUUUCUUUCAUCAUGAGGACAUAAAACAAUAUACCUGGAUUAUAUUUAGAUUACUGCCCCAGGGGAAUGGGUACUUAGGAGAAAACCACGAAUCCCUGAUAAUAAAGUACAUGGCCUAUGGGAAAGUUGUCCUUGCCCCUUGCCAUAAUUUACUUACCCAGUUGCCAAUUUGAAAUCUACAUACUAUUAGUGAUCUCAAUUUAAAAGCAGCUAUAACUUUCUUAUCCCUUGUCCGAUUUCUUUCAAACUUUCGCCAUUCUGUUUAAUUUAUUUUUCUCCUUCCCAAAACAACAUUUUAUGGCAAAGGCUGGAUUCCCCUUUAACUACGAUUUAUGGAGGUACGUCUUGAAUCUAUCACACCAUUGAUGAAUACACACCCUAAGUAAGAAAUUGAUAAUUGUUUACAUAUCAUGAUAUCUCCAAAUAAAAAUGCAGUUGGUGUUUGAUACUUGUGUUAUCCUCUUGUAGAUGUUUGCCUAAUUCUUGGAAAUGUACGUGUAUUGUAUUAUGAUUUGUUUUCCAUCCUGUUGGACACUUGAAUCUCCAUUGCUUUAUGAAAGUAAACCUCAUGUGUUCUAGUCCAAAGCCUUUAUUUGAAUUAUAUAUGCAAGUUAUUAAUAGUUCAAUUUUUGUUUUGUAUUUUAUAUUUUUCGUUAAAAAAAACUAAUUUAUGUGGAAGAAUAUAUCCCAUCCACCAUGCAUAAUUACAAAACCUUUGCAUUCAAGAUGCCUAAUUUCCACUGAAGACUAUAUUUAAAUAUAUGAUGUUCUUCAUACCUUGUCUCAUUAGCUCACAUAAUGAAAUACCAUGGUCAUCAUUAGACUUAAUUUGAGUUCAUCUGUGUUGAAUUGUUAUGAUUUGAUGAUGUUGUCUGAGGGGACCGUAUUGUACUAAAUAAUUGAAUAUGGGCUUUGAUGUUCUGAGAUAUCAAUAAUUUUUAAUUGUGUAGUUGUCAAGAUGAAAUAUUCUAAUGCUUAUUUUUUACAUUUGAGGUAUUGUACAUAGAAAAUGACAGUGAAUAGUUCAUGCCUCAAAAAAUAAACUCAAAAUAAGUUUAUAUGUUGUAAUUGAGGAAUGCAUUGACAAUGGAAAUAUCUACUUUAUUCACUGAAGAGGACAUGUGUACAUUAAAAUCAAUGCAUAUUAUUCCUGAAAGAAAGUGAGUAAAUUUGAUAAUAAAGUCAGUGAUGCAAGAAA